AUGGCUCAGAUUCCAAUAAUAGAUCAUUAAUCACAUAGUACAGAUCAUUCAAUUGACAAUUAAAGUGAUGAAAAGUCUGAAGAGUCUUUUGAAGUGGUAGAAAAAAAAAUUAAGUAUAAAAAACAAUUUUUGGAAGAAGAACCAAGGAAAAAAAAGAAGGAUAUAUGUAGAAAUUAUCAAAUUAUGGGUAUUUGUAAAUAUGGAGAAUAAGUAAUAUUGUUUAAAUUUAUAUUUAGUGUUUUUUUGCUCACUCUCUUUCUUAUUUAUAAUCAACUUCUUAAGAGUAAGUCUUGAAGAAGACUAAGCCUUGCAAAAGAUACUUCAAUGGUUCUUGUUACUUUGGUUAAAAAUGUCAAUUUUUACAUUCUUAAUGUAUUGAUGUAGUAGAGCAAAGAGAAUUCAUAGAGAAGUAAUAUAAAGAAUUAAAAUUGAUGGUUCCUUUAAAUCCAAGUAAGAAUAGAGACUUAUAAAUAGCUAAAUUAGAUCAAACUUUGAGAUUUGAUUUACAAAGAUUUCACCAUCUUUAUAAAAUUUUUGGUAGAAAAUUGAACUUUAGAAGAGAUGAACUAGUCAUGAAUAGUUGUAAAAAGUAUGAAUCAUAUUGAUAUUUAGUCGUUUGUAGAUCUUCAGAUCAAUUUGUAACUAAUCAAAUAGGUUCGAAUAAUUAUUGAUGUCAAAUAAUACAAGCAGAAAAGAAAGUGAAUAAAGCUGA